CAAUUACAGACAGUAUAAUCUCAGUUGGAAAGAAGGUGGAGUUAACCCUGACCAACACCCAGAACAUUCAAAAUACAUUGAUGAGUUUUGCUCUUCAUUCUACACUGAUGUGACCAAAUUGAUCUGCAAUGCCAGAGAGAAAAUUGAGCAGCAGAAACGCUCUACAAAUUACAACACUGACUAUGAUGAGAUUGUUCACCAUCUCAACUUUGUCAAUGAGAAGACAGAGAUGUUUUGUGGACAAAAGGAUUUCCUUGACAAAGUGAAAGAUUUCUUGGAUAAAUCAUCCAACAGAGUACCAUUGGUGAUAUACGCCGAGUCUGGUGUCGGGAAAACAUCAGUGAUGGCACAGAUAUGCAAAGACCUUCAAAAGUGGUUCAAAAAGGAGCAAUGUGUUCGUAUAAUCAAGUUUCUCGGAACAUCUGCCAAAAGUAACAAUCUCUUUGAUGUAUUAUUGGGAGUAUGUCAACAACUAGCUGAUACAUAUGACAUCAUAAUGGAGCCAACAGGGUCAG